CGUUCUCAUGGACAUGAAGAGGGAGUACUGCGCCGACGACUUCGCACACUGGUGGACUUCCUCAAAGAGAAGGUUCCUGGCAUCACCAUCGCCACAGAUAUCAUCUGCGGUUUCCCCGGCGAGACCGAGGCAGACUUCCAGGAGACGCUGGAUCUGGUGCAGAAGUACCGCUUCCCGAGCCUCUUCAUCAAUCAGUUCUACCCACGACCGGGAACGCCCGCUGCCAAGAUGGAGCAGGUCCCGGCAAACGUGAAGAAGCAGAGAACCAAAGAGCUGUCGGCGCUGUUCCACUCCUACAACCCGUACGACCAUAAGAUUGGCGAAAGGCAAAAAGUACUUGUGACAGAGGAAUCUUUUGAUGCACAAUACUACGUAGCACACAACAAGUUCUAUGAACAGGUGCUGGUGCCAAAGAACCCUGAGUUCAAGGGGAAGAUGAUCGAGGUGGAUAUCUACGAGACAGGGAAGCACUACAUGAAGGGGCGACUCGUGGAGGACUCCCCUGUCAUCACACCCUCUAUCGCCCAGCCCCUACAGCGAGGGGAGGUGUCAGGACUCACGCAGGACCUGAAGGCGUGCGGUGAGAAUGGCCUCCACGGCCCCUCCCUGGCCCCGUCCCUGCAGAAGGCCUCCUCCUGGGGCUCCCUGGACUCUGAGAACCUGAAGCAGCUGUCCGUGGGCUUCGCCAUCCUGGCCAUCCUAGUGGUCUUCAUCCUGGAGAAGAUUUACUGAUAUGCCCCCAGCAGGACACACACACACACAUACACUCUCCAAGAUAUGACAACUCGGUGAUUUCACUAGGUCGUGUGUGUGUCUGUCUGUCUGUCUGUCUGUCUGUCUGUCUGUCUGUCUGU